CAGAGGGCAGGAGAGAGAGAGAGGUAACCACGACAAAAAGGGGGACGAGAAUAAAGGGAAAUUACGCGCGGGAAUAGGAAAUCCUGACAUAUUUUUUAAAUAUUUUUUAUAUCGGGGUAGUGGGAUGUAGGCGCGAUUCAGUCACUAUCCCUUGGAUGGGAAAGUGGAUAACCGCUUCUGAAACCUUGUUUGUGGAUGUUGGGAAUAACGUGGAUGGUUGUUGGAUUGUAACCUCGCAGCAGAAUUGGAACUAACAGUAGGCCUACUCAAUCUCGGACCGGCAGUAAGAAGCUCUCUGUAAGUGUGUGUGGGAUGUUAUGUCAGGGCUAGAGCCCCUUCUUCUCCCAUGAGCCUGUGGGCCCACACACACACACGGCGCCCUCACAAACACGCACGCAAUCGACGCUGACGUUGUGAAGUGGACCCUCGUAGCCAGACCGGAGCAGAACCGGAUCGAACCGGCCGUUGGGCCGGCGGAGCGGAGCCUGAUAAUGUCAACAGAGGCUGAGCUACAGCCAGCUGUCAGGCCCAGCGUCAGGAGAGACUCCAGGAGGAAAGGGCAGGAUCGGAGCGAGGCCGGGUUGAUCAGGCGGUUUAAGGGGGAUGGCGUUCGCUACAAGGCUAAACUUAUCGGUCUGGAUGAGGUCACCGCUGCACGCGGAGACAAACUCUGUCAGGACUCCAUGAUGAAGCUCAAGGGUAUCGCAGCAGCAGGGCGGUCGAAAGGAGACCACAAACAGAAGGUGUUUCUAACUGUCUCCUUUGGAGGGAUCAAGAUCUUCGAUGAGAAGUCUGGGGUCCUCCAGCACCACCAUGCUGUCCAUGAGAUCUCGUACAUUGCUAAAGACAUCACGGACCACCGAGCCUUUGGCUACGUCUGUGGGAAGGAGGGAAACCACCACUUCGUAGCUAUCAAGACCGCUCAGUCAGCAGAGCCAGUGAUCCUGGACCUUCGGGACCUGUUCCAGCUCAUCUAUCAGAUCAAACAGAGAGAGGAGAUGGAGAAGAAAGCCCAGAAGGACAAACAGUGUGAACAGGCUGUGUACCAGACUAUCCUGGAGGAAGAUUUGGAGGAUCCUGUCUACCAGUACAUUGUGUUUGAGGCGGGACACGAGCCCAUCCGCGACCAAUCAGAAGAGAGCAUUUAUCAGGUUCCGACCAGCCAACAGAAGGAGGGGGUAUAUGACGUCCCCAAGAGACACCCAAAUAUCAACCAAUUAGAGCUUUUCGGAGACAUCUCCACACUCCCGGACAUCUACUCCCCCUCGACCCCUGCCUCUCCAGCCAACACCCUGGACCCAUCUCUGGGCCUGCAGCCCCUCACAGAACUCUUCAACCCCUUCAACCCCGCCUCUGUACCCUCAGGUUAUGUGGCGAUGGGAGCGGUACCUACAGGUCAGGUGUGGUCCCAGCAGGCUUUUUCUGCCCAGGCAGGUCCUCUGUUUGGGGUCCAGUCCCCCCUGGGUCAGUCCCUCCCUGUAGCCCAGGUCCUGCCUGGAGGCCAGCCUCUCAUCUGGGGCCAGGCCAACCUCUUCCCUGCUACACAGCAGCAGUGGGCCGCUAUGACGGGAGCAGGGUUCCCUGCUACAGCCUACCUCCCAGCCCAGCCAGGAUCUCUGCCUGCCAUGUUCCUCCCUGUCAAUCAACCCUGUAACAGCCUAUCAUCUGCCAGCGCUGCCUCUAACCCCGCCCCCUCAUCAGCCUCAAGUCCACAGCAUGCAGAGAGGCAGCGGCAGAAGAUGAGCAAGGAGAUGUUUAAGGACUUCCAGCUAGCGAAGCCCCCUGCCAUGCCUGCUAAGAUGGGGGACCAGCACCCCUGUCUAGCUGGGACCUCGGAGGCCUUCAGCUCCUAUUUCAGCCGUGUGGGGGCCGUCACCGAUACAGAUGACUGUGACGACUUUGACAUCUCUCAGCUCAACCUCACUCCUGUCACCUCCACCACUCCCUCCACUAACUCACCUCCGACCCCGGCCCCCAGACAGAGUUCUCCAUCUAAAUCGGCGGCGUCUCACGUUAGUGACCACAUUGACCACAUCAGUGACCCCCCCACAGACGCCACCGACCCCUCCACAGAUGACUCGUUCGGGAGGUCGAGGGCAGCCCCAGUCGAAGUGGAGAGGAGGAUGCGGGGAAGGAUCUCUGUCUGCAGGGGAAGGAUCCUCUCUAUGCCCAGAUCAACAAAGGGAGGAAAUAAAGAGACUGAAAACUGGACUGAUCUACCAACCCCAUGUGUGUGUGCACGCAGGUUCUCUUUAUCAGCCUUCACCUCUGCCUUCUUUUUACCUAGUAAUUUCACCUUCCCCUCAUCCUUGUCUUUGCUCUUCACCUUCUUCUCCUCCUUGACGAUGACUCUGGAAGCGAUGCCACCCGGCCCCUGAAGGGAGGAGAGGAGGGAGGUUCAAGCUACACACACCCUCCAGAGUGAGUUGGAGGGUGUGUGUGAUGUGGAGCUGAGAGAAGGAAGGCAGUUUGUAGGGCUGUGAGGAGGAGGCAGGACUUUAGGUUUCUCAGGGAGAGCAGAUUUGGUCCUGAGCUGCUUCAGCAGCAACACUUCCUCAUCCUGGAACUUUGCCCUCAAGGACUUGAAGUCCAGAAAGUCUUCUUCCUCUCAGACAGAGAAAGGAGGGACGGGGGAGACAUGGGUUGAAAACAGGUACCUCAUACCUGAAAAAGACUAAAGGAUAUUAAUUGAAUUUCAAAUCACAGGUUAUCAUUGAGCCCACUCUACAGAUGUAGGAUCACCCUGUUGCAGGAGAACUUUCCUGCAAGUGCAGGGCAUUUUAAACUUGUAGUGUAUUUGAGGUUUAAAAAGGCUUCUGAAGUUUGUGAUUUCCACUUUGAAUUUUGACUUGAUUUUUUCCUCACGAAAAAUGUAUCAACACCUACAAAAAUGUCAUUAAUUAUAAUCCACAUAAUAAUUCACAUGUCCUGUUGCUGCAGCAAACUGACUCAAAUUAAGAUCUUACAUCUGUAUCUGUCUCUCUUUUCACAGUCUAAUUCAACAUGAGAUAAAACAAACUAAGUGACCGUAUCAUUAUUUUCAAGGUGGGGUGCACAACCCCCAAAGCAUCUUCCAGACACUCUGGCACCAAAACUGCCAAUAGAAACCCAUAGAAGCCUAAUUCCUUUAGGUGAGAGCCUGGGGGCAAUAGAACUAUAGGUUAGGGGCCCUGGGCUUGUGUGUGUGUGUGUGUGUGUGUGUGUGUGUGUGUGUGUGUGUGUGUGUGUGUGUGUGUGUGUGUGUGUGUGUGUGUGUGUGUGUGUGUGUGUGUGUGUGUGUGUGUGUGUGUGUUACUCAUCUCUAGCAGCAGCCUGGCAUCCCCUCUUACAAAGGAUGGAACACUCCAUCUACCCCCUCUACUCGCGUUUCAUUCUCUCUCUCUUUCUCUCCAUCAAACAUUGCUAGAGGCUAUGCUGCCAAAGGGUGACUGGGCCAAGCGUUGUCUCCUUUCCCAACACACACACAGCGGUAUCAGACAUGGACAGAAUUAGUGUCUGUAGCAAGUGGAUCCUGGUAUGGACUGGUAUGCUGAGAUCCUUAUUUCUGAUUGGCCGGUUUAUUGGGAUCUUGGCAUCUGAUUGGCUGUUUGGGUGUUUCACCUUUUUGUGAGUGUCUGCUGGAUCACUAUGCAGGAACAGACUCUCUGGGAGCUGCUCACACACACACUGUUUUUCCAAAUGUCUCUUCUCAGAGGGAAUGGGAAGGCUUCAAAGUGAAUGGACACUGAGGCAUGGAUGCUGCCAACCUAACAGGCAUCGCCUGGCAUGAACGAACAUUGCCAAACUAUCGGAUAGUGCCGGACUUCGGAUGUAUGUUGCCAAACUAACUGAUUCUGUGAAUGAAUUGCUCAUUCUCUAUAAUAGCUUUUGUACAAUAUGGAUUAAAACAGACAAACGGAAAUGUUUAUUUUCUAAGUCAAUCAAGCCGCUGGAGUCCGCUCUCCUGGAGUUAUACAGUCACAAGACUUUAAGAGAGCUGAUUGUCAAUUUGCCAAACUCAUUUUGUAAAUGAUAAUAACAAUGAUCAUUCUGUCCACAGACUUCUGUGCCAUAAAAUAGGCAGGCUUCAGUUAUGCAACCAGAAGGUAUCAAGCAAUACCAACAUGUCUGUCUGUCUAGGUUUCUGUAGCUCUCUCAACCUCUGUUCUGUCUAUGAUCCUAUAAGUGUCUUUCCUUAAUACAGCCCUUGUCUAUACUGCAGCCCUUUAUUAUCAAACUCCAUGUUUAUCAACAUCCAUGUUUAUCAAUAACUGUUCUAUCAAACUCCAUGUUUAUCAAUAACUGUUCUAUCAAACUCCAUGUUUAUCAAUAUCUGUUUUAUCAACAUCCAUGUUUAUCAACACCCAUGUUUAUCAAUAACUGUUCUAUCAAACUCCAUGUUUAUCAACACCCAUGUUUAUCAAUAACUGUUCUAUCAAACUCCAUGUUUAUCAAUAUCUGUUUUAUCAACAUCCAUGUUUAUCAACACCCAUAUUUAUCAAUAACUGUUCUAUCAAACUCCGUGUUUAUCAACAUCCAUGUUUAUCAAUAACUGUUCUAUCAAACUCCAUGUUUAUCAAUAUCUGUUUUAUCAACAUCCAUGAUUAUCAAUAACUGUUCUAUCAAACUCCAUGUUUAUCAAUAUCUGUUUUAUCAACAUCCAUGUUUAUCAAUAUCUGUUCUAUCAAACUCCAUGUUUAUCAACACCCAUGUUUAUCAAUAACUGUUCUAUCAAACUCCGUGUUUAUCAACAUCCAUGUUUAUCAAUAACUGUUCUAUCAAACUCCAUGUUUAUCAAUAACUGUUCUAUCAAACUCCAUGUUUAUCAAUAUCUGUUUUAUCAACACCCAUGUUUAUCAAUAACUGUUCUAUCAAACUCCAUGUUUAUCAACAUCUGUUUUAUCAACAUCCAUGUUUAUCAAUAUCUGUUCUAUCAACAUCCAUGUUUAUCAACAUCCAUGUUUAUCAACAUCUGUUUUUAUCAACAUCCAUGUUUAUUAAUAUCCAUGUUUAUCAAUAUCAGUUCUAUCAACAUCCAUGUUUAUCAAUAUCUGUUCUAUCAACAUCUGUUUUAUCAACAUCCAUGUUUAUCAAUAUCUGUUUUAUCAAAAUCCAUGUUUAUCAAUAUCUGUUUUAUCAACAUCCAUGCUUAUCAAUAUCUGUUUUAUCAACAUCCAUGUUUAUCAAUAUCUGUUUUAUCAACAUCCAUGUUUAUCCAUAUCUGUUUUAUCAAAAUCCAUGUUUAUCAAUAUCUGUUUUAUCAAAAUCCAUGCUUAUCAACAUCCAUGUUUAUCAAUAUCCAUGUUUAUCAAUAUGUUUUUAUCAAAAUCCAUGCUUAUCAACAUCCAUGUUUAUCAAUAUCCAUGUUUAUCAAUAUAUGUUUUUAUCAAUAUCCAUGUUUAUCAAUAUCCAUGUUUGUCAACAUCCAUGUUUAUCAAUAUCUAUUUUGAUCAACAUCCAUGUUUAUCAUCAUCCAUGUUUAUCAAUAUUUAUUUGAUCAAAAUCCAUGUUUAUCAAUAUCUGUUAUCAGAAUCCAUGUUUAUCAAUAUCCAUGUUUAUCAAUAUCCAUGUUUGUCAAAAUCCAUGUUUAUCAAUAUCCAUGUUUAUCAAUAUCUGUUUUAGCAGAAUCCAUGUUUAUCAAUAUCCAUGUUUAUCAGAAUCCAUGUUUAUCAAUAUUCAUGUUUAUCAACAUCCAUGUUUAUCAACAUCCAUGUUUAUCAAUAUCCAUGUUUAUCAAUAUCUGUUUUAUCAGAAUCCAUGUUUAGCAAUAUCCAUGUUUGUCAAAAUCCAUGUUUAUCAAUAUCCAUGUUUAUCAAUAUCUGUUUUAGCAGAAUCCAUGUUUAUCAAUAUCCAUGUUUAUCAAUAUCCAUGUGCCAAUAAAACGUUCCCACUGAUGUACCCUGUAACCUCUUACAGUCAUACUAUCACCACCUCCAUGCUUCAUAUCAUCCCUCAGUCUGAGUGAUAGGACCCUUACCCAUCAUUACAACCACACCAGACACUCAUAGCUGGCUGUCAUCGACCCCUAACCUGUCUGUCUGUGCUACUGCUAGUACUACAUCAACUCUGAUGCCAAUGACUCCCUAUUUUAUGGCCAAAGUCUAUGCGUAAUUAGACUCAUCUGGACUGACAACUUGAAUAACUGUUUGGACAAUAGAAAAAGACGAAGAAGAAGAAAAUUAGGAAGUGGAGUAAAAGGGAAACAUGCUGUUUGAUUACAUAAUAUUUCUAGACAUAUUUUAUGCUUACCGCAGAUAACGUUUUCUUAAUGUAAAUUGACACAUUAUUUUUCUUGAUGAAUACGAUAGCAUUCUACUGUGGAUUUUUAGAAUACUUAUUUAUUUUCUGUUGAUUUACGUCUCCACCAUGUAUUACUGUUACUAUUAAACACAUCCCAAUGCCA